AUGGAAGAUUUAAGAAAAAAGCAACCAAUUAGAAACCCAUUACGUAAUCAACAUCCACAUAAUAUGUAUGAUAUGAUUAUGGAUACCCCAGUAGCAUUGGAAAGAGUUUUAAAUGAAGAAGCCGAAAACAUUAAAUCCAUUGCCAAAGUAUUAAGCAGCAGAAAGAAGGUUUAUUUAAUUGGUAUUGGUACAAGUUUACAUGCUGCCCAAAAUGCCCAUUUCUAUCUCAGAAAUAUUGCACAUGUCGAUUGUGAAGCCAUCAACAGUUUCGAAUUCAUUUCAAAUCCACCAUUCUAUUUGAAUAAAGAUGAUUGUGCUAUGAUCAUUUUCUCUCAUAGCGGUAUUAAAACUUUUUCAUACGAAGCUUACAUGAAAAAUAAAGAAUUGGGUAUUUAUACAGUAUUAAUCACCAGUACUGAAUCAGUCAUCGAUCAACCAAUGGAUGCCAUCAUUAGAACCAGCAAAAUUGAACAAUCUGCCGCUUUCACUAUCAGUCACUCAUGCUCAACUCUUUGUUCAUUGUUAUUAUCUGUCGAGAUUGCUAAGAAUAGAGGCAUUGCCAUUGAUAACCAAGCUAAAUUAGAAGAACAAAUCAAGCAAUUACCACAAAUCUUUAGAGGUAUUAACGAAAAAUCAACUGAAGAUAUCAAAAAAUGGUGCGACUUUGCAAACACUCGUACACUCAACUAUUUCAUUGCCUAUGGCGCUAAUGAAUCAAAUGCCAGUGAAGUAUCAUUAAAAAUGCAAGAAGCCACCUACACAUUCUAUCAAGGCUAUAACCUCGAAUUUUAUCUCCAUGGUCCAUUCGUUGCCACCAACAAAGACACCUGUACCACUUUUGUUGUAACCGAAAGAACUGAUAAAACCAAAAGAGCUGUCGAACGUUCCAUUAAAGCUUUAAAUGCUGUUUUAUUUGUAAAUGGAAAAGGGGCUGUCAUUAUUCCAGAAUCCGAUACCGAAUCUAUCUCUCAAAUUACCAAAGAUCAUGCCGAUAAUCUUUUCAUCCUCAGAUCACCAUCCAAUAUUCUCGAGCCAGUUAGCGUUUUAACCAAUCUUUAUAUUUUACAAUCAAUGACCUAUUGGAUGGCUGUAUUAAAAGGAACAAACCCAGACUCAUUCAAGAGACAAAUUCCACCAAACGAUACUGCUUUUAUUAAAGCUGGAUUAAUUCUCUAA